AUCAACACAGACGCACACCAAAAAAAGAAAAAAACAGCCAUGAAAGCAAACCAAGCAACUGCAUCAUCCUCAGUGAGAUCAAGCACCACCACGGCCGCCAUGGAAGAGAGAGAUAGCUGCUACUAUCCCGGUUGCAGAAAAGAUGCCAAUUGCAAUUGUGAUAUUUGCUUGGCCAGCAUUAAUGCCACCCUUGACCUCAUGCCCUUUAGCGUCCAGAAUUCUUCUCUCACUAAGUUAUCUUCUUCAUGCCCUAACGUUGAACGUACUCCUUUGUCUUUCAGUCCUUCGAUUUUAUCCACACCCAUAUCAAAUUCUUGUCCCAGAAUGGAGUCUCCAGUCCUCCAAUCGACGGCAAGAUUGAAUUGGAGUGACAAGAGGGAGAAGGAGAAGAAGAAGAAGAAGAAGAGGGAGUGGGGGUUUACUGGUACAUUUCCGAGGUUGGUUUUGGGAUUGAGCUUGCUUUUUGUAGCAGAAACGGGGUUUUCUUGGGGACAUUGUUGUGUUUUAAGGCCUGCAUUUUCUGCUGAUAAAAUAAGAAAGAUUGGAGAGAGAUCUCGGGUUGUGCAAGAUUUGACUCGGAGGUUAAGAUUCAUGCAGAAUGAGUUAAAGGGUUUUGUUGCUGAUCAAAAGGUUUCAAACUGCAGCCAUAUGCACUCAAUAUGGAAAAUCAAUCAGGAUGGUCUGCUCUUGAAUUCGCGGUGUGAAUUGUACAAAUCAGCAAUAGAGGAGGUGAGCAUAUGGGGCUGGCCUUUGCAAACUGCAGGAUUGUUGAAAACAGGGUUUUCUACAAGGUCCUUUACUGUGUUAUCAGGCAGACUUACAGAGUGGUCAGAUGGGAUGAUCGGAUACUCGACUAGAAAAGCCAACAAUUCGUGGGUUCACAAGAAAUGGGGGGGUGCCUCAGUUGUCCAAUUAGAUCCUAGUACGUGGGUUCUGGAGUAUCGGAGGAGUUCCUUACUUGAUUGCUCAAGAUUGUCUUCAGCAGUAGCAGAGCUCUUCAAGUACCAAAUGUCAAAAAUGAUGAGAAGGAUGAAUCAAGAGUUCUGGUUUUUAUCUGCUUUGAAAGACCGAUAUGAUGAAUAUACUGUGGGAUACCAUAUCAAGAGCCCAACUUAGAAGAACUGAUUGAUAUCAAAUCCAGUGCCUUAGUUUCCUUCAUUUGUUUUUAUAUUCUCAUUCUUUGUGAGGAGUUUUUUUUAUUAUUAUUUUAAAUUUCCUUAUUAUUUGGUUACAAAAACCUUGAAUCAUCAUUUUAUUCUAAGCAGAUUCAGUAAAAUGCUGCAAAAUGACGAAUGUCUCCAUGUCCAUUUUCUUGUAUUCUAAUAUGAAAUUGUACACGACUACACGCUGAAUUAAUGAACUUUUACAA